AUGUGGCCUCCUAUGUCAGCCCCGUCAAACAAGCACGUGAAAUCGCGCACACCGGUGCAGGCCCGUCGAGAUCUUCAGCGAUACUUCGGCGAGGGCAGCAAUACCCAACUGACUGUGGACGUCGCGACGUACGAGGUGAGCGAGGAGGAGAUCAAAGAUUUGGGGAGGGGUACAGAGACAGGGUUCUGGCGCGCCAUCCUCGGCUAUGCGUACCUCGCUCGCGAUCGCGCAUGCUUCGUGGCCGACAAGAACGUCCUCAAUCUGAAACUGCCCGAGUUCCAUGAUGCGGUCAUUGUUGGCAUACUUGCACGCAUACGGCACGCUGCGGGAAACACUGGCGCAUCUAUUGUGGAGGUGAUCGACAUCUCGAGACUGAUGACCUUGUGUCAUAUCUCGUACGCAGAGUCCCAGUCGUCACCGCCACCGUCUCUGGCAUCUGUGUGGUCGCCACCCCCGUCACAGAUCGGAUCCGAGAACGCGGUAACGUUCGAUGAGCGGGCGUCACUGUACGGAUUCCCGGAGGAGGUUGAACAUUGGGACGAACAGGACAAGCUCCCGUUCCCGAAACCGCCAGAGAAGCCUCAUUGGUUGCAGCCAGGGACGGACGACUUCGGCGACUGGGCGUCGCGACAGUUACAGCACAGCAAGAUCCGCCGUCUGCGCCUGCAGGACCUCCUGGAGAAGGUAGACGACCGGUCGUCGUUCAUGCGCGACGGGCAGCUGUCGAAGCAAUACCCGAAUACCAGUCCAGUGGCGAUCGACUCUCUCAAGUUUUCCAUCAAACGGUACAAGCAAAUUGAGAAGACGUACGCAGCGAUGAUCCAGAAGACUAUCGCGCUCCAGGAGUCCGAGCGUAUCACGGAGGCCCUGGCCAACGCUGGUGGAGAGCCGACUGACACCGUGGACGAGGUCGAGCGUGAACCGGAGGCGAGCCAGCCGGCCCUGAGCAAGGCGGCCGGCAAGCGUCCCGCUGCUGGCAAUGUGCCGGCACCAGCUCCGGCGACGCGCAGCCUACGGAACCGCCAGCAGUCGUCCUCCCGUGCUUCGAGCACGAGCAGCAGUCGGGCCGCAACGCCUGGCUCGGUUCCCAAGUCGAAGCUGCGAUCCACGUCAGCUGCGUCCAGUGGCUCGUCCGGCAGUGCCAGCACGCGCCAGAGGCUGAAUACACCCCGCGCUGCCAGCGGUAGUGCGGCUCGCCCUGGUCCAUCAACUCGUGCCCGCGACAGUGGCGCUCCGAAGGACGUGUUCAGCGACGUCAACACGCAAACUCGGAUGUGA